AGACUACUGGCCUGGAGCACGUUAUUUUCUUGUAACGUUGUCAAAUACGCACGUACACUUUUUGCUGGAGGUCUUACUUUGUGACCGCACUUCCAAUAACUUAUUUCCAAUGUUUUUCUAGUGGAGUAUUUAAAAGCUUUCGCAAAAAAAAAACAAACGGUAUUAUUCAACGAGUGAAAAAUGACUUUUUUACAUCAUUGUGAAAAAACUUGAAUACCAAAAGUAACAUAAAUGCUUAACAAGAAAUGAAAAAAAGGUAAUCUAGAAUCAAUCGUGAUGCGUCUUUUCUCGUUGAAUCGUAUGUCGUUUAAAUAAGAGCGAAAGAUAACAAAACUUCUACCCUCCGAUGCUUUGUUGGACAGACAAAGAUUUUGCUUUUUCCCUCGCUUUCCCUCGACUUCGGUGUACAAAAGUUAGUCUGCCAGGAGUGAAGUCUCCUCAUCAGUAUGCAACGUCGACGUCGUCGCAGAUCAUCAUCGAUAUCAUCAUCCCGUAACAGUCCCAGGCCUGGACAGACCCUCGAGGCGUCGAUUCGAUCGAUCGCGAGUACCAGAGAGUAAAGCGCGAAUCGUCGAGUAGCAAAUCACAGGGCCAGAGCAGCGCAAAGGUCGUCGUCGUCAUGUUCACGUUCUACCAGAACUUCCAGGCGCGGCGCGAGGAGGCCGAGCUGCAGCGCGAGGCCGAGUCGACGGGCCACGACCGCUUCUGCCAGACGAGGCCCGGGGCCACGGCACGGCGCAAGCGACGCGCCAACCUGGCCAACCGCCGGGCCCACAGCGCCAUCGAGAUCGAGUGCAAUCAGGACGCCUUCGCCUCGGUGCGUUCGGUGCUGCUGCGCAAGGACAACAAGAGCGCCAGCGUCGAGGACGACGAGACGGUCUGCAGCAUCGGCAACGCGUCGGCCGGCUCGGGCUCGGCCGCCGGCUGCACGGCCAUCUACGGGAACGGCUCGGCCGCUGCCACGGCCCUCCAAGCUCAACAGCAGGAUGCGGAGGAGUCCAAGGGAUACUAUCAGAUCACGAGCAAAAUCGACAGCCUGGCCAAGAUACUGUUCAACAGGGUUUACGCCGUCAAGGGCUACAAAGAGCCCGACGCGGCCAAGAAGGACAAUCGUCAAAAUCACCAGUACAUGGCGCUGGACGGUCGGGGCCGUCAACAGCCGGGGAGCAACGGAGUCGGGCCGGGUCACCUGUACCAGGGCGAGUCGUGCGGCUUGGCCGAGAGCGAGGCCGCGAGCAGCAGCGCCGGCGAGUGCAUGGAAAUGGAGAGACGAUCGAGAGAUCGUGCCCUAUCGAUCUGUCGUAUCUAUACUCGAGAAACGCCGCGCUACAGUCUACUCAAGCAUCUCAACAACGUCGGUUCUCGGGUGGACAAGCACUGGUUCGCGGUGCGCGACAAUCUGCUGAAGACCGACCGGCUGCUGACCCUCGCCCCGAUCAAUCGCAACUGCUCGAUCCAGAUAAGCCCCGCGAGCCGCGACGUGCUCAACCGGCUCUUCCUCACGCUCCAGCAUCCCUACAUCUGUCCGGUGCUCGAUCUCGAGUUCGUCCAGCACGACGGCCAGGACUACGUGAUCCUCGUCCAGCCGAUCAAUCAGGGCAGCCUCAAGGACAUCAUCUACGGCAUCGAGCGCAACUGCUGGAACGAGGACUGGUCGCACAAGUACGGCAGCCGGGGCAAGGGCCUGCCCAUCACCCAGAUACAGCGCAUGGGCAGGCAGGUGCUCGAGGCCCUGGUCUUCCUCAAGGAGCGCGACUUUCCCACGGUGUCGCACCUGCACUCGGGCAACGUCGUCGUGCAGCAGGGCGUGGCGCGCCUCGCCGCCCUCGAGAACAGCCUGCUGGGCUUCACGAGCCGGGUGCACCCCGUGGUCGCGGGCAAGCUCCUCAGCGGCCGCAGCCUCCUCGUGCCCGAGUCCAUCGACACGGUCUGCUUCGGCCACAUGCUCUUCGAGAUGAGCGCCGGCUACGAGCUCUGCACCUUCGAGCCCACGCCCGACAAUCUCGCCAGCAUCAACAAGUAUCCCCAGGUCCUCGAGUGCUUGAGAUUCAUCUUCGAGCGCUCGCCCAAGCCCAAUCAGUCCAAGUAUCCCAGCAUCGAGGAAUUGAUACUUCACGAUUUGUUUCGCAAUAUCGAUCUUCGUGAGUUGAGAAAUUCGUCGGUUAACAUUUUCCGUCCAGACGCUACCAUUCCAAUAUCAAAAGUACUCGAAGGGAUCAAAAAGCCUCCUAUUACAAUCAAGCGAGAGGCAAACGUCGAUUGCGAAGAUAUGAUAUCACUGAGCAUACCAGAAAAUGAAAGCAGCGAAAAUCAAAAUGGUUCGUUGCUUGCUCAAAUAUACAAAGAACUUUCUAUCACGUCCGUCUGAAUCAAUCACUUUUAACUACUAUUGUACUACGUUAUUAUAUAUAUGCUAUACAUUAUGAAUAAAAUGAUUAUAUAUUCAUAAUAAUACUGUGAAAAUGCUUUUUAAAUAAAAUAAUGCUGGGAAAACU